CACCUAUUCAUUUUUUUUCGCGAUUUUGAUUAACGUUUGUUUUUGAUGGGAUUUUUAAAAUCGAUUGAAGUUGAAAAUUUUAAAUCAUAUAAGGGAAAGAAAAGAAUUGGUCCUUUUAAAUCAUUUAGCGCAAUUAUUGGGCCCAAUGGAUCAGGCAAAUCCAAUUUAAUGGAUGCUAUUAGUUUUGUGCUUGGAGAGAAAACAUCUAACCUAAGAACAAAAAAAUUAUCAGAUCUAAUUCAUGGAGCACCUGUUGGUAUGCCAGCCUCAAAUAAAGCAUAUGUGACAUUGGUAUAUGAGGAGAAUGAUGGAACUGAAAUCCAUUUUACACGAUCAAUUAUUAAUUCUUCGUCAGAAUAUAAAAUCAAUAACGAGAUUGUUAAACUUGAAGAUUAUGCAGAAGUAUUUAAAAAACUGGGAAUAUUGAUUAAGGCUAAGAAUUUUUUAGUUUUUCAAGGAGCAGUUGAAGCAAUUGCUAUGAAGAACCCAAAAGAAAGGACAGCACUUUUCGAGAGUAUCAGUGGUUCAGGAGAAUUGCAAGAUGAAUAUGAUAAAAUGAAAGCAGAGAUGAUUAAAGCUGAAGAGGAUACUCAGUUUUCUUAUCACAAAAAGAAAGGUAUUGCAGCUGAACGUAAGGAAGCCAAAUUAGAGAAAGAUGAAGCUGAAAAAUAUCAACGGCUUAAGGAGCAAAUUAAUGAAAAACGUUCAGAAUACAAACUAUUUAUGGCUUAUCAUAAUGAACGUGAAAUUACAGAGCUAUCAGAGAUUGAGCUAGUCAAACGGAAACGUGAACUUGAACGUGCUGAAAACAAGCGAGACAAGGUAGAGAAUGACCUCAAAGAACGCAAAAAGGACUUUGGAAGGAUGACCAGAGAAAUUACUAGAUUUGAUCAACUGGCCAAAGAAGUAGACUGUGAGCUGAAUCGCAAGAGACCAGCAUUCAUAAAGGCAAAAGAAAUGAGUGCCCACGUUUUAAAAAAGAUAGAAGGGGCCAAAAAAUCUCUCAAACAAGCAACAAAGGCCCACGAAUCUCACCGAGAUGAUAUAGCUCAACUUGAACAUGAACUGGAGGAAGUCAACAAAAAGCGAAAUGAAUAUGAAACUCUGGUACAGGAAGAAAGUCAGGAGACUGGCGAAGAUUCUAAACUUCUGGCUUCUCAGGUAAGUGAAUAUCACAAGUUGAAAGAGGAUGCCGUCAAAAAGGCUACCAAAUAUUUACAAGAACUCGAUACCGUUAACAGAGAACAGAAGAAUGACCAAGAUAAGUUGGAUAACGAGACAAGGAAAAAACAAGAAUUGUUGGCUAUCAUAGAUCAGAAAAAACAUGAGCUUGAGGAAAACAAACGCCGAAUUGACAAAUUGAACGAAUUUAUCAAAACUAGCGUUCAGCAAAUAGAGGAACAAAAACGACUGGAAACUCAAUUAUCUCAAGAAGUGGAGCAAGCUAAGUCCCGACUGAUCGAAAUAAACACAGAAUUAGAAAAUAUAACCGAAGAACUGGGAGAAGCUAAAAUUGACAAACACGAGAAUUCUAGGAGUAUAAAGAAAGCAGAAUUGAUGGAAAAUCUUAAGAGAUUGUUUCCAGGAGUGUAUGGUCGACUUGUGGAUAUGUGUCAACCCAGUCACAAAAAAUAUCAAGUAGCCGUCACGAAAGUCCUGGGGAAGAAUAUGGACGCCAUUAUAACUGACACGGAAAAAACUGCUCGUGAAUGCAUUAAGUAUAUGAAAGAACAGCGAGCCGAACCUGAGACAUUCCUACCUCUCGAUUAUAUCGAAGUUAGUUCGUUAGACGAAAAAUUGAGAGAAAUCAAGGACCCCAAAAAUGUGAAACUCAUAUUUGACGUUAUUCAAUACGAACCACCCGCUAUCAAAAAAGCGUUGCUUUUUGCUUGUGGUAGUGCUUUGGUAUGCGAAACUAUUGAGGACGCUCGCAAAAUCGCCUUCGGAGGUUAUCAAAGGCAGAAAUCUGUCAGCCUAGAUGGAACCUUGUUUCAGAAAUCUGGAGUUAUAUCUGGCGGGGCUAGUGAUCUAAAGGCCAAAGCCAAACGCUGGGACGAAAAGCAGGUAUCAUUUUUGAAGAAUAAAAAGGCCAAACUUCACGAAGAAAUGAGAGAUGCUCUCAGGAUAAAGCGUAAGGAAUCAGAAUUGGGUAUCAUUCAAAGCCAGAUUAGAGGACUCGAAACUAGGCUCAAAUAUUCUUACUCGGAUAGGGAUAACACGAAUAACAAGAACGUAAAGAAUUGCCAAGUUAUGCUCGAACAAAUGAAUCAAAAAUUGGUAGAGUUUCAGCCAACAAUUGAUGAUAUCAAUGAAAAAAUGGCUGUCAGAGAACUCACCAUUACAGAGAUACGUGACAAAAUGAACACAGUUGAGGAUGAAGUUUUUUCCGAUUUUUGCAAAGUUAUUAAAGUAGAUAAUAUCAGACAAUAUGAGGAGAAAGAACUAAGGGCCCAACAAGAAAAGGCCAACAAAAGAUUAGAAUUCGAAAAUCAAAAGGCUAAACUUCAGAAUCAAUUGGAAUACGAGAAAUCUCGCGAUACUUUAGGAAAGGUUUCUAAGUGGAAGGAAGAAGUGGAGAAUGGAGAAGCAGAAUUAGAGACGUUAAAGGAGGAAGAAAAAAAGCAUAUGCAGGCCAUAGACGAAGAAAUGAAAAAAUUAGAAAAUUUAAAGGAAGAAAAGGCCCAGAAGAAUUCACAACUCGAGGACAAGGAGAAAGAGUUGAACGAUUUGCGCAAAAAACUUAACACUUGUCACAAGGAUAUAACUUCGAAUCAGAAGAAUUUUACCAAUUGCGAAAAUAAGAUCGAACAGAAAAAGUCGGAACGCCACAGCCUUCUUCAAAAUUGCAAAAUAGAAGAUAUCAAGCUACCCCUGAUAAAAGGCAAAUUAGAAGAUAUUGAAAAUGACGAGAACGCUAGUUCUUCGGUGAACGACUCCAAUGACGUUUCGCAAGGCCACGCGUCUUCACAUCUUUCCAAGAGCCAAAAAGUAUACGAAAAAGAAGCGAAAAUUGUCAUAGACUAUACUUUCCUACCCGACGAGCUUAAAGAUCUGGACACGCGAGAGGAGAUCAAACGCGUAGGGGAAAUUAUUUUGCGAGAAUUGGCCGAAAAACAGCUCGCUAUGGAUCGAAUAUCGGCUCCAAAUAUGAAAGCCUUGGAAAAAUUGGACUGUGUGCGAGAACGUUUUCAAGAAACUUCGGAAGAAUUUGAAACUGCUCGCAAAAGAGCAAAGCGAGCAAAACAAAAUUUUUUGAGGGUAAAAAAGGAGCGGUUUGAUAGAUUUGCCGAAUGUUUCGAACACGUGAGCAAUAGGAUUGACGAUAUUUACAAAGCUCUCUCCCGUAACGCCAGUGCUCAAGCCUUUUUGGGCCCUGAAAAUCCGGAAGAACCCUAUUUGGAUGGGAUAAAUUAUAAUUGUGUGGCACCUGGCAAACGAUUUAGGCCUAUGGAUAAUUUAUCCGGUGGUGAAAAGACCAUAGCAGCUCUCGCUUUGUUAUUCGGAAUUCAUUCAUAUAAACCUAGUCCGUUUUUUGUGUUAGACGAAAUUGACGCCGCCCUUGAUAACACCAACAUAGGAAAGGUCGCUAGUUACAUUAAAGACCAAGCUAGUAUGUUUCAAUGCAUAGUUAUUUCUCUAAAAGAAGAAUUUUACAAUAGAGCCGAUGCUUUGGUUGGCAUAUUCCCCGAGGUUGGGCAAUGUACUGAGAGCAAUAUCUUAAUGUUGGAUUUAACAGAAUAUCCAGACACCAAUCAAGAUAAAGAUUCUGCUAACAACAACUACAUACUAACUACUUGAUUUUAAACAGUAUCUGCCAGCGGAUACGAUUUUUUUAAAAUAAAAAUUAUUAAAAAAUUUCACUUCAUCGUAUAAUGACGGGGAUCAUAUGACGUUGAUAGCAAAAAUUAUUCCAUCAAAAAAUCAAACUAUUCUUAAAUCCUUAAUUAACUAAUUUUGCAUUGUUUCAAAAAUUUUGAAAUUUUAUUUUUGAUAUAUCUGAAAAAAUUAUAGUGGCAGAGUGAUAGGGCAUAUUCCAACCUUCUAUAUAUAUUUAGAAAAUAUUACUAUAUAAAAUACGUCGUUUAUAUAUAUUUAAAUAAUUGUUACAUAAUUAUUUUUGCCACUUAUAUUUCAUAAAUACUAUUUUUUAUA